UCACACAAACUUGAAUCAAAAUGUCAAGAGAAAGAGCAAAACAAGCGUUAAUGAACUUGCGUUUAACGCAAGAGAACCCCAAAGCCCUGGAUGUAGGAUACUUUCAAAAGAAGAGACUCUCCAAAAAAGAAAAAGCUUUUGAACCUACGAAACUAAUGGAGAAAGAGAGAAAAUCAAAAGAUUACGCAAAGGAGAGAUACUACAAGUACCUGAAAAAAACAAUGGCUCCUACUGAGUCGGAGAAGGAGGUCCACAAAAUGCUCGUAAACCAAAACACCAGCUCGAAGAAACGCAAACGGAAAGAAAAAUCCGUAAACGACGACGACUUUGGUUUACUGGAUGAUGAACUGCUUUAAACAAGCAAGUUCGCCAUUCUGGAAAAAAGUUAACACCUUUGGUUUACUACAGUGCACAGUCUAGAGUGUGCUUUUAAUUGUUUUGUUUUAGGAGAAAGGAUUAAGGUUUUUACGGUUAGGAAUACAUAAUCGGAUUGUUUUACUGAACGGCUGAACGAGCAUUGAAAAUGGUCACUAAAACGAGUUAUUGAAUGUC